AGUGUUAACCUAAAAAAAUUGACAGAAUUCAGGGUCGUUUUAGAAUAGAUAAAAUUGAUAUAAUUAUCAUAAAAGAUUGUGAUUUAGCCAUUGUGUCCGCGAAAUAAACACUUAUGCUCAGUCCUUGAGCGGUGUCGUCGCAGAUAAGUUGUUAUAAGCCACAAAAAUGUUGUUCAGAAGUAUAUUCAGAACACUAUCUAGUCCGCGUAGUUAUUUAGUGAAUUAUAACCAUUUAGGCACUAGUUUGAACAAUUUUCGACACAUCGCUCCGCUGUCGACCACCAGGCUGGCGUUAAAAGACGAGAAGGUCAAAGUGUCAUUCACCCUGCACGAUGGCAAACGGAUAGACACAGAAGGGAAAGUCGGAGACACACUACUUGACGUGGUUGUUAACAACGACCUGAACAUCGAAGGCUUUGGUGCCUGUGAAGGCACAUUGACAUGCUCUACUUGUCACGUUAUAUUAAAACAGAAGGACUAUGACAGUUUACCAGAAGAAGUUACCGACGAAGAAAGAGACAUGCUGGAUCUAGCUUACGGUCUCACAGACACGUCUCGCCUCGGUUGCCAGAUUGAGCUGACCAAAGACUUGGACGGACUGGAGGUGAAGGUGCCAGAGACAAUCAACGACGCCAGGAGUUGAUGACCGACCAUAGAUAUACAGGCCUGUAAUUUUAAAUCAUCUAAUGGUAUUGGUAAAGUCUGGUCUGUGAGCACGUAGAAUUUUGUCCAAUGACCCCAAGCUACCCAUCCUUAUCGCUCGCGCGUAAUUAUA